GAGGAAUCAGGCCCACCCUAUCCAUCUCCCAAGCGAGUAGCCGCCCAUCCGGCUAAGCCCAAAAAUACAGCCGAAAAAUCAAAAUUCCAAAUAGCUUGCUUCUUCAUCUCCACAGACGCAGACCACAGCUGCACAGCAGGGACGCAGGGCGCACAUCGCUAAUCGGCACUUCGGAAAAAUCCAACUCCUCGUCAUUCGUCAGUCGGCGGUCCGGUGAGGUGGUGACUCCGGACUACGGUCGGCCGUUGGACAGUUUUCACCCUCGUCUCUCAUCUCAGUAUCUCACGCCGAUUCUGCUCUUAGCCAUUUCAGCGGCCCGAUUAAUGGCGGAGAAUAACGGAAGUGGCGGCGAAAGCCCUUUGGAGCUCUUCCUGAAGAUAGGUUUGGAUGAACGGACGGCCAAGAACACUGUCGCAAACAACAAAGUCACCGCUAAUCUUACUGCUGUAAUCUACGAGGCAGCUGUUACUCAUGGAUGUGAUAGAGUUGCUGGAAACCUUCUAUACACGGUUGCUACGAAAUUUCCAGCAAAUGCUCUUGUGCAUCGCCCCACAUUGCUGAAGUAUAUUGUCUCAUCUAAGAUUAAAACCUCUGCUCAGUUGGACGCUGCAUUCGGGUUUCUUAUGUCUAAUGCUUCUGAGACUUUGAAGGUCAAUGAAUUUGAGGAAGCUUGUGGUGUUGGAGUUGAAGUGUCCAUGGAAGACAUAGAGCUCAUUGUUAAUGAUAUUUUUGAAGAAAACAAGCCUAAGAUUCUGGAGUUGCGGUACAGAAUAAAUGUUGGUGAACUCUUUGCUGCCGUCCGGAAGAGGCAGCCGUGGGCAGACCCUAAAAUAGUCAAGCAACUCAUAGAUGCGAAAUUAGUUGCAUUACUUGGUGAAAGAACGGCUGAAGAUGAUGAGAAACCUGUCAAAAGGAAGAAAGAAAAGCCUGCUAAAGUUGAGUGUAAGGCUAAUAAAGAGGAGAUGCCAGCAUCAAGUCCAUUAGAGGAUGAAGUUAAUCCAUUUUCAAUUUUCCCGUCCCCAGAGGAAAACUACAAGGUGCAUACAGAAAUAUACUUCAGUGACAGGCCUGUUCGUAGGGUAUGCAAUACAAAGGAACUACUUGAAAAACAUUUGAAAGCAACUGGUGGAAAAGUUUUUACACGAUUCCCUCCUGAGCCAAACGGAUAUCUACACAUAGGGCAUGCAAAGGCAAUGUUUAUUGAUUUUGGCUUGGCAAAAGAACGAGGUGGAUGCUGCUAUUUGAGGUAUGAUGACACCAACCCGGAAGCUGAAAAGAAAGAGUAUAUUGAUCAUAUUGAAGAAAUUGUAAGAUGGAUGGGAUGGGAACCCUUUAAGAUUACUUACACUAGUGACUAUUUUCAAGAACUUUAUGAGCUUGCAGUGGCUUUGAUACAAAAUGGUCAUGCUUAUGUUGAUCACCAGACACCUGAAGAGGUAAAAGAGUUCAGGGAGAAAAAAAUUAACAGCCCUUGGAGGGACCGGCCUAUUGAAGAGUCUUUAAGACUGUUUGAUGAAAUGAAGCGUGGCAUGAUUGAAGAGGGCAAAGCAACACUACGUAUGAAACAGGACAUGCAAAGCGAUAAUCCAAACAUGUAUGACUUGAUUGCUUAUCGUAUCAAGUUCACUCCACACCCACAUGCUGGGGAUAAAUGGUGCAUAUAUCCAAGUUAUGAUUACGCCCAUUGCAUAGUCGAUUCUCUUGAAAAUGUAACUCAUUCGCUGUGUACUCUUGAAUUUGAGAUCCGUCGUGCUUCAUAUUACUGGCUGUUGGAUGCUCUAGGCCUCUACAAACCCUUUGUGUGGGAGUACUCACGUUUGAAUAUCACUAACAAUGUGAUGUCGAAGCGUAAGUUAAACCGUCUUGUAACUGAAAAGUGGGUUGAUGGAUGGGAUGAUCCUCGUCUGAUGACCCUAGCUGGUUUGGGUCGUAGGGGUGUGACUCCAAGUGCAAUUAAUGAUUUUGUGCGUGGAAUUGGGAUCACCAGGAGUGACCACAGCCUGAUACGUUUGGACCGCCUUGAGUAUCAUAUUAGAGAAGAACUGAACAGAACAGCACCUCGGGCAAUGGUUGUCCUUAAUCCACUAAAGGUGGUCAUAACAAAUAUGGAAGCUGGCUUAGUGUUGGAUCUUGAUGCAAAGAGAUGGCCUGAUGCACAAACAGAUGACCCUUCAUCUUUUUACAAGGUUCCCUUUUCCAAUGUUAUAUACAUUGAACAUUCUGAUUUUAGGAUGAAAGACUCUAAAGAUUAUUAUGGCCUUGCUCCUGGGAAAUAUGUGCUUUUGAGGUAUGCUUUUCCUGUAAAGUGUACAGAAGUAGUUCUUGGUGAUGAUAAAGAGACUGUUAUUGAGCUUCGAGCUGAGUAUGAUCCAUCAAAGACUGUCAAACCAAAGGGGGUUCUUCAUUGGGUUGCUGAUCCAUCACCUGGAGUACAUCCACUCAAGGCUGAAGUGAGAUUAUUUGAGAAAUUGUUUCUUUCUGAGAAUCCCGGCGAACUUGAUAACUGGCUUGAUGAUUUUAAUCCACACUCAAAAGUUGUGAUGCCAAAUGCAUAUGCGGUUCCUUCGCUAUUCAAUGCUGUAGUUGGAGACAAAUUUCAAUUCGAAAGGCUGGGCUAUUUUUCUGUCGAUAAGGACUCGACUUCUCAGAAGUUGGUGUUUAAUCGAACAGUUACACUGCGAGAUAGUUAUGGCAAAGCUGGAAAGUAAGAAUUCCAAUUGAAGAUACUAUCACUUUAAGAGGCUUUUCAAAUAGGAGUUUUAGAUCUUAAUUUAUUUGUAAUUCUUGGUGAAUUGCCAUCAGCUUUCUCUGCCUCCUCACAAGCUGAGGUUUAAUUUUUGCUGAUUACUAAUAUAUAAUUAUUUAUUAUUAUGGGGUCAAUUUCACGUUUUCUCAUGCAGUUUCUGUCUUGUGUUAUAAUUUAUAAAAUGUAAUGAUCCCUAGUUUCCAGAUAUGCUUUGAGUCAAAAUUACUCCUAUUUUGAAAAUUUAGAUUUUUACUCAUAUUAUCACAACUUUGCUUUUAUUUACUCG